UAUUGAAGAAAUGGCUGAGGAUGACACGUUUGGAUUAUUAUUACAAGAAAUAAUGAUUAAAACUUUACAACCAUAUAAGUGUGUGAUGAUUUUUACGGACGAUAUGUAUUCAGAUUUGUUUGAGAUGCCAUGGUUUAAGAGAUUUGGCAAUGUUAUAUCCUUUAUAAUAAUCAAAGUAAACGAAUAUGAUGACUUAUACGCCCCUGAGCCUGAAGUCCAAGAAAGCUUGCUGAUAGCUAAGCAGGGCGGAUGUCAAUUAUACAUAUUUCUAAUUUCCAAUGGACUACAAAUGAGAAGACUCCUUCGAUUUUGCGAUAGAUAUCGGGCUCUCUCAACAUUAGCAAAAUUUAUUUUGCUUUUCGAUCAUCGCUUAUUUGAUAAAGAACUUCUGUAUCUUUGGAAAAGAAUAAUAAAUGUAAUUUUUAUAAAAAAGCACGAAGGAAGAGGUACUACUAAUCCACAACAUAAUUUUGCUUGGUUUGAAAUUACAACUGUUCCGUUCCCCGCGCCCGUUGGUAACAUUCUGGUUCCAAGAAGACUUGAUAUUUGGGCCAAAUCCAAAUUUCGUAAAGGUUUUGACUUAUUUAAAGACAAAACUUUGGACUUACAAAACCAAACUUUAAACGUUGUUGUGUUUUCUCAUAUACCAGGCGUACAAAAAAUUAACUCCAGCCGUACCCUAAGGGCAGUAUAUAGUAGAGCAGAAUUAAAUGAAACUGUAAGUUUUGCAGGAACUGAGAUAGAAAUUUUACACACAAUUUCCAAAUGGAUGAACUUUAAUGUAGAAAUUUAUGAACCCCCAAACAUAGAAAGGGAACUUUGGGGUCGACCCCUAAUUGGAGGAAUCUACACAGGUGUCAUAGGCGAAGUAGUAAGUACUAGGGCAGAUAUUGCUCUUGGGGAUUUAUAUUAUACGCCAUAUCUACUUAAUUUAAUGGAUCUGACGGUUCCCUAUAAUACAGAGUGUUUAACAUUUAUUACACCAGAAGCUCUAACAGACAAUUCUUGGAAAACAUUAAUACUACCGUUCAGUUCUAUAAUGUGGGCUGGAGUACUAGUAUCACUAUUAGUAACAAUCAUAAGUUUUUACUAUUUGGCUCAUUUUCACGUGAGCACAAGUCAAGAAGUCGCCAGCGACACAGAUUCCCAAACACCAUUUCAAAAGACGAAAAAAGUAAUAACACUUUCUUUGCACCCAGCUUUGGAGAAAAUGAAUGCAAACACUAAGUAUAUUUUAAUGAAAGAAAAAUAUCAAGUAAUUAGAAGAGAAGGACAACCAGUUGGAUUGUAUCAAUUUAGCGAACCAGUCAAUAGUGCACUUUACACUUUUAGCAUGUUACUUCUGGUUUCUCUACCUAAACUACCCACAGGAUGGUCCUUAAGGGUAUUAACUGGGUGGUAUUGGUUGUAUUGUUUACUUGUGGUUACUGCGUAUAGAGCUAGUAUGACUGCUAUUUUAGCCAGACCUUCAUUGAAAGUGAAAAUAGACACAGUGGAGGAACUGGUCGAAAGUCGGUUGACAUAUGGUGGUUGGGGCGAAAUAAAUAAGGAAUUCUUUAAAAAAUCCACUGACCCGUCACUGGAAAUAAUCUCGAAAAAUUUUGUAACAGUGAAUGAUUCAGAGGAUGCCGUAGACAGAGUGGCAGAGGCGUCGUUCGCUUUUUACGAAAAUACAUAUUUCUUAAAAGAAGCUUUAGUAAAGCGACAACAAAGAUAUCAAAAUAUGUUUAGUUCAUCUGAUAAUUUGACAACGACAACGAAUGUUAGUAAGCCGAUGAACGAAAACGUGAUAAAAGAUGAUCGAACUUUACAUAUUAUGAAAGAUUGUAUAAUUAAUAUGCCUGUAUCCAUAGGAUUACAAAAAAAUUCUCCUUUAAAACCACGCAUGGACAAAUUCAUACGACGAGUAUUAGAAGCAGGUUUUAUCAAAAAGUGGAUGGACGACGUUAUGCAAAAAGUACUUACAUCAGAAAUCCAAAUAGAAGACACUGGUACCACCAAAGCAAUAAUGAACUUAAAGAAAUUCUCUGGAGCUUUAGUAGCUUUAAUAAUCGGCUAUAUUAUUGGAAUUAUUACUUUGAUUGUAGAAAACUGCUAUUUUUAUCUUAAAGUUGCAAAAAAUCCACAAUUUAAUAAAUAUUCUAGGCAAAUUGUCAAAAAAUCUAAAUAGCCGGACUAGUUUCAAAUGUAAAUAAAUAUUUAUUUGUAUUUGUUAGUUAUUAAUUUAUCACGAUAAAUAAAAACU